GGGGAAGCGAUAGAUCGAGGGACGGUAGGCUGCGGCGGGAGCAGGUGCCUCCCUGAGCCGGGCGAGAGAGGCGCCCCAAAUGCCUUCCCUCCCCGGCCCCGACGCCCCCAGGGAGACUGGGCCGCCGCGAAGGUUGUGGCCUCUCUCGCUUCGCAAAUACACCCCUCUCAACCUCAUGGUUUGGGCUUCGGAAUAGGAGCCCUACCCUCCGCCGGGCAGCUCCUCCGAGGGAACCGCCCUCUGGCCGCGGAGAGAAGCGCCCCAGUAAUCAUCAUAACCCUAAUAAUACCAUGCCAGCGACGUGACCUGAGGCCACAAGAGGAGGAGAAGAGCCAUGGUGUCAUGGAAAGGGAUUUACUUUGUACUUGCACUAUUCUUGGGAAGUUUUUUUGGAAGCAUUUUCAUGCUUAGUCCGUUCCUGCCAUUGAUGUUUGUCUCCCCAGCUUGGUAUCGCUGGAUCACUGACCGUGUUGUGGCAACCUGGCUUACACUUCCAGUGGCUUUGCUGGAGAUAGUGUUUGGGGCGAAAGUGGUUAUAACUGGUGAUGGAUUCAUCCCUGGAGAAAGAAGUGUCAUUAUCAUGAACCAUCGAACACGAAUGGAUUGGAUGUUCCUGUGGAAUUGCCUACUAAGAUAUAGCUACCUCAGACUUGAAAAAAUAUGUCUAAAAUCUAGUCUCAAAGGCAUUCCAGGAUUUGGUUGGGCUAUGCAGGUUGCUGCCUUCAUUUUCAUUCAUAGAAAAUGGGAAGAAGAUAAAAAUCAUUUUGAGAAUAUGCUGGAUUACUUCUGUGACAUUCAUGAACCACUGCAGCUUCUCAUCUUUCCUGAAGGAACUGAUCUGACAGACAACACGAAAGCCCGCAGUAAUGCAUUUGCUGAAAAGAAUGGACUUCAGAAAUAUGAAUAUGUGUUGCACCCAAGAACUACAGGCUUCACUUUUAUAGUGGAACGAUUAAGAGAUGGUAAUAACCUUGAUGCUAUCCAUGACAUAACAGUGGCAUAUCCUCAAAACAUUCCACAGACUGAGAAGCAUCUUCUAUAUGGUAACUUCCCAAAGGAAAUUCAUUUUCAUGUCCAGAGAUACCCCGUACAGGCUCUUCCAGCAUCUCGGGAACAACUGCAAGUUUGGUGUCAAAAGCGUUGGGAAGAAAAGGAAAAAAGGCUCCGUUUGUUCUAUGAAGGCAAAAAGUACUUUGAUGCAACAGGGAGAAGCAAAAUUCCACCCUGUAAAUCUGAGCUCAGGGUCAUGGUUGUUAAGUGCAUUUCACUCUUGUACUGGACAUUUUUCACACUGGCUGCAUUUGUGUUGCUAUACUUAUACAGCUUUGUACGGUGGUAUUUUGUUUCUGUGAUUGUCAUUUUUGUUGUGCAACAAAAAUUGUUUGGUGGGCUUGAAUUGAUAGAACUUGCAUGCCACCGAUUUUUUUGUAAUUUUUUUUUACAAAACUCAAAAAACUAAAUCCAGUUGAUAAAUAUUGUGGGAUGGCAUUACCUUUGUGCACGCUUUUGGAUGUGGCCUGUGAAAAUGAGAAAUUGGAGAAAAAAUGGGUUUUCAGAGUGGGAGUUUUUGCAUGAGAGUCAUUGAUCUUUCCUAAUGCUGUCAUUGGCUAAUACACUGUGCACUUUUAUUGUUAAAGGACAAAGACAUGGUAAGCUGUAUGAAUUUUUAAUAUUCGAAUGUAUUGUCAUUGUUUCUCUUGCUGGCAGCUAGCAUCUGCUUUAUUGCUGCUGUUACCUAAACUGCUUCAAAUUAAUGCAAAACAUUUUGCUGACCAAUCAAAAUAUAUAUCCAUUGAACUUUGUAAACAUGUAGUUCUAAUUAGCUGGGCAGAUUUGUAGAGCUAAAGUAGUGAUUCCAACACACCCUUGUCAUAAAUAAAGGGUGAAAUGUGAAAGUCCCAGCACUUUACAGGACUAAUAUUUUGGCUAGCUCUAAUUCCCUAAUAGAGAAAUAAUACAUGAUACAAUUAUUUUUUAUUCAGUAAAUUAUGUGACCUACAGAAUGAGAAAACAAAACUCAGGACCUUAAUUUGGAUUCAGUCUUUUGUAUUUCCUUUUGACAUGCCUAUUCCAUCUCAGUUGAAUUCUUACAACCUGUAUACUGUAAUCGUAUUUUGAAAUAACUUUCACUGGAAAUUGUUAAAGCAUAUAUCUGAAUAAGUGUGAUGACAAAAGACUGAUCUGUAUGUAUGGUUGAGUUAGUCACUGUUGUUUCACAAACAUUAAACCCUCCUCAACAUUCACCUCAUUUAAACUAGCCAUAUCUAAGUCUUGGUCAUAUCUAUGGCCUUUUCAACAUCUGAAUUUGACUGGCACCAUAAACCUCUUGAAAACUAUUCAAAAGAUAGGGAGGUAUAUCUGAUGUAAAAUUGACCAUAAAAGCAACAAUUCUAGCCUGAAUAAAAUGAAUCUUAACUUGAGUGUAGAUUAUUACCCCCCCCCCCCCAUGAAAAUCAUCUGUGGAAAUAAUGUUAAUAUUUUGGCUGUAUAAUGUGGUAGAUUUGUAAGAUUUUGGCUUUGAUGCUCUGUUUUAAUUUUAGGGAAAGUUUUCACAUCCCCAGUAGCAUACAACUAUGCUCACUGCACAUUUAAGUGAUGUCAGUAGAUUGACUACCCCUCACCUCUUCCCCAAGCAGCAAGUGUGAAGUGAUAGUCCCCUAAUAAAGCCAGAGUUGGAAAACAGAAAGGCAUUCAGAUAAACAACUGAAUGUUUCACCUCCUCUAUACUUUACAGAAUGCUAAACUGUUAUUGAAACAAACUUCAGUGGUACUAUGAAAAGUGUAUCCUCUCUCCUCCCCUAGAUGCUGAGAGUUUUCUGGGAAGAAGAAACCACUUUCAAUCACUGGCUAAAAUAGGCCCAUAAUUUUCUAACAAAAAUAUCUUAAUAGUUUCCUACUCUGUAGAGUGAAUUUGAAUUUCCUUGUUUAAUCAUUUGUCACCAUAUAUGGUUCAGCACUUUUUCUUGGGUAGGUUCAACUCUUAAGACAGUUGUUUGUCACCAACUCUGUGGAGCUGCCAGAAUAGGUCAAGGCAUUUCUCAUCCCUCCACUGAAUAUUAGUAAUACCAGAGCCAUACACAAGGUUGUGAAGUAUUCUGUGUUGAAGUUCCAUGUCUUUGUUCAACCUCUGUUGCUUCUGCACUGUUUUUAUAGCUUCAUUUGAUAAAUAAAUUGUGUUGAUACAAUGGAUUACAAAAUAUCUCCAGAAUAGCCUUAGUCUUCUCAUUGUACCAAAAUGCUAGAAAGUUUUAGCCAUGAACAAACAACAUACUCUACAACAAUAAAAAGUUUAGAAUGCA